AUGGCUCUUGGACGCGUCGUCUUCCCGAGCUCCCGGUUCGUCUGCCGCGGAUGCUCUCGCCGCCUGACACCCACUUCGCGCCGCGCCUACUCUGCCUCCGCCGUCGGCGCGACACCCUCCCAUGACAUUUACGAUGUCGUCUGCGUCGGCGGCGGCCCCGCGGGCCUCAGUCUCCUCACAGCUCUCCGCUCCCACCCGGUCACCGCACACCUCCGCGUCGCCCUCGUCGAGGCGCAGGACCUGUCCAAGGUUGCCUCCUUUUCGCUCCCACCGACGCAGUACUCGAACCGCUGCAGCUCCCUGACGCCCUCGUCCGCACACUUUCUCAACGAGAUUGGCGCCUGGUCGCACAUGCAGCGCGAACGCAUCCAGGCGUUCCAGGAGAUGCAAGUCUGGGACGGCGUCAGCGGCGCGCGCAUCGAGUUUGACUGGCAGCACCGCGGUGGCGACGGUGGCAGCACCCUGGCGUACAUGACGGAGAAUCUCAACACCACGUCUGGCCUGUUGAAGCGUCUGCGGGAGCUCGGCGGCGUCACGGUCCUGGACAACUCGCGCGUGGAGAGUAUCACCCUGGGGGAGGAGUCGGAGGACCUGGACUUGAGCGGGUGGCCCGUCGUGCACCUUGCAGGCGGGCAGUCGCUCGCGGCGCGGCUCCUCGUCGGUGCGGACGGCGCCAACAGCCCCGUCCGGGCCUUUGCGGGCAUCGAGGCCCGCGGCUGGGACUAUGGCCGCCAUGGCGUCGUCGCCACGCUCGAGCUCGAGGGUGAGGGCUGGGGCGGCGCGCAUACCAAGACGGCGUACCAGCGCUUCCUCCCCACGGGGCCCGUUGCUAUGCUGCCCAUGCCGGGCAAAUAUGCGACCCUGGUCUGGUCGACGACGCCCGAGAACGCCGCCGUGCUCAAAUCGCUGGCCCCCCAGGACUUCCUCGCCCUCGUCAACGCCGCGUUCCGCCUGCCGCCCGUGGACGUGGCCUACAUGCACACGCAAACAGCCGGGCAGCAGGAGGAGCUCUCGUGGCGCACGGAGCACACGCCGUUCGACGCGCACGCCGUCCCGCAGGCCGCCGUCGCCGUGCAGCAGGGCAGCGUGGCCGCGUUCCCGCUCAAGCUGCGGCACGCCGACACGUACAUCGGCGAGCGCGUCGCGCUCGUCGGCGAUGCCGCGCACACCAUCCACCCGCUCGCCGGCCAGGGCCUCAACCAGGGCCAGGGCGACAUCCAGAGCCUCGCGCGCACCAUACAGUACGCCGUCGGCCAUGGCCAGGAUCUCGGCACGCAGAUGGCGCUGGAGCCGUAUAAUGCCGAGCGAUACGCGGCUAACCACGUCGUGCUCGGCGUCUGCGAUAAGCUGCAUAAGCUGUACUCGGUAGACAGCGGCCCGCUCGUGCCGUUGCGGUCGCUGGGCCUUCGCGCCGUCAACAGCUUCUCCUCGCUCAAGGGCUUUCUCAUGGACCAGGCCUCGGGGGCGGGCACCAAGGUGUUUUGA